AUGAUUAAACGAUCGAUUGUGGUGCUCGGAGAGGAGUUUGUUGACACAGUUACAUCGAAGUCCUCAACCUUGUCGCCGUCGUUAUAUUGUGGAGUACCACUGUCGUGUGUAUCUAGUUCAUCCUCCUCCUUUCAAUCUUUACCUGUUCAUUAUAUUAAUUACGUUGAACAGAUGCGCGUUCCACACUUAUUAGCAAAAUAUUUAGUUAUUGAAGAGAUUAAAUUACCUGAAGGCCAAAUGAUUAAAUGUUGUGCAUUAAAUGAACAAACGCUACCAGAGGAUAUUAAUGUUUUAAAUAAAUAUAUAAAAUAUCUUGAAGAAAAUUUACCAGAUGAAGAACCGAUGCCACCGGAUAAUUUAUCUGAAGCCCAUGAUAUGGAAACGGAUGUUGGUACGAAUAACGAUUGUGUGUUUAAAGUUGGUGACGUAUUUAAUUCUUUUAAUGAAUUUAAAUAUAAAUUAAACGAUUAUUCAAUAAAUACUGGAGGAAUUAGAUCCAUCAAAUACUAUCCUAGAAAUCAUCGUUUAGAGAAUGAAACCGUAGAAUUGAUCAAAAAAUUUGAUAACCAUAAAGUUCCACGAGCUAUAAUACGUGAUAUGGUUAUGAGUGAAAAUAAAACAUUUACCAUAGUAAAGGAUAUCGCAAAUGUAUUAAACAAAGUAACAACAAAUAAUAUUCCAUCUCAAUCUAUAGCAGUACAAAAGAUUCUCAAUGAAAUUAAAAGUUUAGAUCCAACGGCUACAAUUGAUAUCAAUGUAGGAGAGAAUGAUCAGAUGGAUAUGAUUUUCAUUGCAACAUCAAAGAUGAAAGAAAAUUUUCAAACAUUUCACCAUAUUAUAUUUUUUGAUGCAACAUACAAAAUCAACAUAGACAGUUUUUGCUUAGAUGUAUUUUUGGUAGAAGAUGGUCAUGGGAUAGGUCAACCGGUUGGUAUUGGAUUAUUAGCACAUGAAGCUCAAGAAAAUAUACGUCAGUUACUUUUAAAAUUUCAGUCUACAUAUACAAAUUACGAAGUAAUUAAAACGUUCAUGAUUGAUAAAGAUUUUAGUGAAAUGGCUAUGACACGUGAAUUAUUUCCGUCUUCUACAGUAUUAUUAUAUUUUGCCUGCAAAUUUGUUAAUCAACAACUGCAGUUCAUGGAUCGCAUUCAAAUGGCCAUUGCUGACAUGAAUCCAUUCGAUAAUGAUAACGAAUAUGAUAAUACUAGCCAUAAUGAUAUUAUUACUAUAACAAAUCUUGAUAAAAAUAAAUCAUACAAUAUUAAUAAAUUUUUACAAUCGUGUUCAUGUUAUUUUAGCUGCACAAUGCAAUUGCCUUGUUUACAUGUAUUAUUUUAUUUAAAACAGAUUGGUAAACUUACCUUGAAUUAUACAUUAAUUGCACCACGAUGGCUUCGUUGUACAACAGUAAAUGAUAUAUCCUUUAAUCCUGUACCAUGUUCGCAUACAACAUCAACGAAUUUAGAUAGCAAUAUUCCCACAUCUGAUUAUUUAUCAAAUUCAAGUGAUGAGGACGAAAAUGAUCAGGCAAAUUUUAAUGAUUAUUUGACGGUAUCAGAAAAAAACCAACUUGCUUGGAAAGAAUUGCAUAUGAUUAAUAAUUAUUUGACCCAGUUGGGAACUAAUGAAUUCCAUGAACGUUUAGAAGAUCUAAAGAACUUAUUUAAAUCAUGGACUGAACGACAGCAGUACGUAUCGCCCGAUUAUGGGUAG